GCUGAUGAAGCAGAAAACUUUGACCCCCUCUUUCUUGCCGUUAUAUACAGUACACACACCCCUUCACUCCUUGCGUUUGGGCCACUCGAAUCCUCUGCUCUCAUAGAACAACAAGAGAACAUCUGAGAGCAUUGCCUCCAACAUGCCAUUCACCAGCAACAAUCCACAGGUACCCCUCUCUGACAUUAAACUGGGCAUCAAUGACACGCCGGUAAAGGUUCCAUUAGAUGAGACUCCAGCAGAUUCCUCAUACACAACGUCUAUGGAUCUGCCCUAUGAAGAGCCAAAUGAAGAUAUUGAUCCGUGGGCCUUGCCUGAACUUCAGCCAUCUGGUCCCUCCUGGAAUGAGAUGAACAAUAAAGAGAGAGUGAAAAGAGUUACGAUGGGGCUGGUCAAAAGUUUCCUACUUAUAGGGUUCCUCUAUUUGUUCAUCUGCUCUUUGGAUGUUCUGAGUUCAGCUUUCCAGCUAGUUGGAAGUAAACUCACCGGUGAUAUUUUCAGUGACAAUGACAUUCUAGCGAAUCCAAUUGCUGGUCUGGUCAUUGGUGUCCUGCUUACGGUUCUGGUGCAAAGCUCAAGUACUUCAUCUUCCAUUAUUGUCAGCAUGGUGUCCUCUGGAAUACUAAAUGUGAAGGCAUCUAUACCCAUCAUUAUGGGAGUGAAUGUCGGAACCUCAGUGACCAGCACAUUAGUGUCCUUAGCACAGUCAGGAGAUCGCAAUGAGUUUCGAAGGGCCUUUGGUGGUUCAGCUGUGCAUGGAAUGUUUAACUGGUUGACAGUGAUUAUACUACUUCCUAUUGAGCUGGGAACAGGCUACCUCUUAUACCUGUCCGAAGCUAUCAUCAAAAGCUUUAACAUCCAUGCUGGAGGCCAAGCCCCGGAUAUCCUGAAAGUCAUCACCCGACCCUUCACCGAUCUCAUUGUCAAGUUGGACAGCUCUGUAAUCACUGGAAACGCUAUUGGUGAUCCUGAAAGUGCAAAUAAAAGUCUGAUCAAGAGAUGGUGUGAGAUAGAAACGAAAAAUGUGACCGAGUACGUCCCAGUUACUAACCUGACUGACUGCAGCACAGUUUCCUGCAUCACCAACGUAUCUGGAACUUUCGUAGAAAUUAACACCACAGUAGAAGAAAACAUAGAGAGAUGCAUUCAUAUUUUUUCACACAUCAAUCUCCCAGACAUAGCAGUGGGUUUCAUCCUCUUGACCGCAUCAUUGGUGGUGCUUUGCACAUGCCUCAUCCUCAUCGUCAAAAUCCUUAACUCUGUCCUGAAGGGUCAGAUUGCACAAAUCAUCAAGAAGAUAAUUAAUGCAGACUUCCCGUUCCCAUUCAGCUGGCUCACUGGAUAUUUGGCAAUCCUCAUUGGUGCUGUAAUGACAUUCGUGGUGCAGAGUAGUUCCGUGUUCACUGCCGCUAUCGUACCUCUGAUGGGUGUUGGUGUCAUCAGCAUGAAAAGAGCUUAUCCUCUGUUUCUUGGAUCUAAUAUUGGUACCACCACUACAGCUGUGUUAGCGGCCUUAGCCAGCCCCGCGUCUUCCCUAAGUGAAUCAGUGCAGGUGGCAUUCAUUCACCUUUUUUUCAAUCUCUCUGGCAUUCUCCUCUGGUAUGUUGUCCCAUACCUUCGUAUACCGAUCCACAUAGCCAAAACAUUUGGAGAUAUUACAGCAAAAUACCGCUGGUUUGCAGUUCUAUACCUCCUCGUGAGCUUCCUUAUACUACCCCUGGCUGUUUUUGGCCUGUCUAUGGCUGGAUGGAUUGUGCUAGCCGCUGUGGGAGGUCCAAUUCUGGUGGUCAUUGUUGCAGUCAUAAUCAUCAAUAUUCUUCAGAAGAGGUUGCCAAAAUAUUUACCAUCUUUCCUGAGGAACUGGGAUUUCCUACCACUUUGGCUACACUCUUUGGCACCCUAUGACAAUCUUUUCUUUGUCAUGUGUGGAUGCUGUUGUAAGAAGUGCUCUCAGCACAGAGAAGAGGAAGAAAAAUCAAAAGAACCUCUUCCCCUGAUGGACUCUCCAUCCCUUGGGACUUACUGCUAUGACAAUCCGGACUUUGUUCAAUCCCAGGAGCUAUGAGGGUGCAGCCUUACACCCACGUGGAUCUAUCAGGACUCAAACUCCCUCUUUUCACCAGCCCUACCCUCAACUAUUUAUGUGAAAGAAAACACUUUAUUUUGUAUUUUGAUAUUAAUUCAUGAUAUUUUUUUGUACAUAAUAUGGUGCUCUGUUCCAGGACAGAAAAACCAAAAAGUCAACUUUAACCUGUUCUUCGAUCAGAUCACGUUAAACAGGUAUAUUCUCUUACUACCCCACAGGGGGCCAACUGUGAUAAUUAAAGCUUUUGAUUGCAGUCUGCGCAAGACUGGCAUGAGAGCCAUUUUUUCCUUCCUGCAGAAAGUAGUCUGGAUUUUUUUUUUAAGCCACCUAAAUUGAGUUAGGGGAAAGCUCGUAGAUGGAAGUCAUAUUGAUCAAUUUCAAACUAACUGAGCCAGUAAUCUCAGGUUUUUCAGAACAUUUUGGGCAAUAAUGACUAUAUUAGCCUCUGGUUAUUGAAUUAUAACAAGUAAUGUUCCAAAAAAUAGAGGAAUUCGGUCAAAAGGUAAUAUGAGCUGAGUCUGAAGACCUUAACUUCUGAUUGCACGCUAUGAACUCCACUUCUGUGCUAAUCAGUGGUGGAUACAAAAUGGCCUUCCAAUGGUACGCUUAUAAACAUUUGUUGAUGUAGAACACGUUCAUCCAUUUGUGCUCAGCAUGUAAGAGGUAAUUUAUUGUCAGUGUUUUAGCAGUUCACUAACUUUUUGCACAGUAAGCUACACCUGUCACUCUAAGAGCCUUAGAUUGACAUAGAUUGCUUUCAAACUUUACAUGAAUAAAAACAACACUGGAAAAAAAGCUA